UCAGCGACAAUGGCAACAGCUUUUCAAGGAAAAGCUUGUGUCAGCUCUUGAUAUGCUUCGAACUUUACCAUCAACAACAGUUGCAGAGCUGUUAAAAAAUGAGGAAGAAAUUGUUGGGUUAGUGGAAAGUAGUUUGGAUCAUUUAAUAAAUAUUUUUCAUAAAUAUUUGAGAUCUGAUCACAAUAUGAUCGAACCAAUUAAUUCUGAAGCAGUGAUAGAAGAAAAUUCUGAUAGUGAUUUUAAUAAUUUUGGUAAAGAUUUCAACAAAGAUAGUAGCAGUUCACCAAAUCAUGAUGAUCAAAAUGGCAAUAAUGACUAUGAUGGUAAUGAGACAACAACUAAUGGUGAUGAGGGUGAUAGAGUGAUUAUUAGUCAACAAACAUCAUCAGAUCAAAAUGGUAAUAAUGACUAUGAUGGUAAAGAGACAACAACUAAUGUUGACAAGGAUGAUAGAGUGAUUAUUAGUCAACAAACAUCAUCAGAUCAAAAUGGUAAUAAUGACUAUGAUGGUAAUGAGACAACAACUAAUGGUGACAAGGAUGAUAGAGUGAUUAUUAGUCAACAAACAUCUAAUCAAAACAUAAAUGAACUUAAUGAUGCUGAGGAUUCCCUGGAGAUUGUGGUAGAAAAAGAAUUAGGUCUGUCUGAGAUUUUAAUAUUUGUCAACAAAAUUGUUCCACAGCCAAUAUCAACACAGUCAUCUCCUCUGCAAUCACCAAUACCACCUUCUUCAGAAAUAAAUUUUUCUGGCAAUGAUUUAAUCUGCUUGGAAUGCCCUCUUCACUGUGGAUUGCUUCUGGAUAAUCAAUCUAUAUAA